CUGGUUCUCCUCCCCGAUCCACUGGUUCCAACUGACUGCGAUCCUUUUCACCCGAAAACCAACAAUGUCAAGCUUUUUGUAUCUUCUUUUCGUAUUCGGAGUCUCAAGUGCUCUGUAUAAUGGAAGAAAUAGAAACCGCUUAAACAGAAUAGACAGCAAUGGUUUGAACGGUAAUGGAAGGAAUAGUGUUGAAAACAGUGGGUUGAACAACAAUGUCUUCAACAGAAAUGGCUUCAACAGCAAUCGCUUUAACAAUGGCUUCAACAACAAUGGUUUUAAUAGCAAUGGCUUCAACAACAAUGGAUUCAACAGUAAUGGCUUCAACGAUAGAUUUAACAACAAUAAUUUGAACAACAACAACAAUGGUUUUAUUAAUGGCAACGGUUUCAACAACAAUGGAUUCAACAAUAAUGGCUUCAACAACAAUGCCUUCAACAACAAUGGCUUCAACAACAAUGGCUUCAACAGAAAUGGCUUCAACAACAAUGGCUUCAACAGAAAUGGCUUCAACAACAAUGGUUUCAAUAGCAAUGGCUUCAACAGAAAUGUCUUCAACAACAAUGGCUUCAACAACAAUGGCUUCAACAGAAAUGGCUUCAACAACAAUGGAUUUAAUGGCAAUGGUUUCAACUCUAACAGCGCCAUCAAAAGUCCUGGUGGUGUGCGUGAGAGAAUCAUGUACGGCUAAAUGAAUGACUAAAUUUUGAGAGGCAAUCUAGCAAAUAAUAAAUCUUAUGAAUGUAUUCAAAACAUGAAAUGAAUUCGUACAUUUGAUUAUAUUUUCUUGAAAUUGGAUGA